AUGAAGAGGCGACGCAGGCGUGCUCCUGCUCCGUCGGAAUCGGAUAUCCAGCGCAUUUUAGACGAAUGUUUCAUCCUCCUUCUGUUCGAGACACCCUCUGGCUUUGCACUUUUUCAUUCUGCUUUGUCACUCAUUAACCGACCAGAUUCUAUGGAGGACAUAUGGUCUUAUUUCAUCUAUGAUUGCAUGGCAAAACUUGCUAUUACGCUGAAAGAGUUUCAAACUUUUGAGGACAAGUCCAGUGCCAUUAAUCAAAACAGUGGUGUCAACGAAAGGCUUACUCAGAUGAUCAGGACGUGGAUCGGCGGGAAGAAACUGGCAGUUGGAAAGCCUGAAUAUAAGGAAAUUAUUGAAGAGAGAUUGAAAAUAGACUGCCUGUAUAAUCCAGCAGUGAUGGAGGUGAUGUGGGGUAUACAGAAUUGCAUGCCAAGUUUGGUGCCUGGAGAAAAAUCACAGCUGGCUGAAGAGGACCGCGUCCCGAUGAGUAAGGGAUUGCGAAAAGUCUUGAAGCGUUAUGACUGUAAUGUCAAAACAAAGAUUGUCAGCAAGCAAAUUAUUGAGACGGCUGCCGCCUUGUUUAAGUGUGAUUCGGCUGUGAAGGAUAAUUCUAGAGCCAUGCGGAGGGCAGGUGAUACCAUUAAGGCUAUUUCUGGCAUCAGCUGUGAGGGUUGGAGCUUACUGGAAAUUGCAACAGCUCUGAAGAUGAUAUGGUGGCCUGAAGAAGUUGGCGAUUCUUGUGCGGUUUCUAAAGAUGAGGCAGCAAGACUGGCGAAUGAUGCCGGUAAAUAUGAUGUCCUGAUGAAUAAGCAUGCUUGCUUGCGAGUCUACGAUGAGAUGGUGGAGGCUAAUGAUGUUAGGAUCUCGAAAGGAGCACUACUGAGAUCAUUGGUUGAGCACGAGCCGAGGAAGCAUAUGAAGCGGAAGAGGCUGAAGAAUCCCAGCUAG